AUGGCUGCCACAACGGAGAAGUUGUGUUCAAAGCGUCGGGGCCCGGUCUUCAUCGGAGCCCGGUCUUCAUCGGUGUCCAGCGGGCACAAUGCUCUCGCGGACAUGAAGGGGGCUCUUGAAUCUGCCUCCAUCUUUUCAACGUCAGCCCGUGUUUGUGCGUCCGGUCCACGGCGGCGCCUCCCGGAGGACAAACCUGCGCUGUGUCCCCCAGAGCUGUGCGUUCAAAGUGUAGGACUGCCCCAUCAGGGAGGAGAGGGGAAGGGGAAGAGAGGGGAUGCCAGGAGCAACUGUGUCCUGUGGGUGAGGUCUGCCCCAUCGGAGGUGGGAGGGGGGGUAACGGUGUCCUCUGUGUGGGUGAGGGUCUCAGGAAGUCUCAGUUCUCGCAGGUCCAGUCCGUCUGUUGGCGCGCAAAUCCACAACAAUCCCACGUUUGGAGAAGUCCGGGGGCAGCUGGCGUUCCCACCGCUCGACCCCAAAGCGGCGGCCAAAAAACGGCGAAACCCUAUCUGGGCUGCACCUGGAGUCCUGCACCAGGGCGGCGGUGAGCAGCAGCUGGAGGGAGAGAAGGGAACGCCGUCCUGA